CAGAUGUUCGCCAAAACCAUUGCCGGCAAAGACGAAAGAGUCGAAUCUCCGGUUUUCCAUUCACAACAUUGUCGUCUCACGCCUCGAUCUCACAUUCAUCUGCCGCCCACCCCAAGGCCGUGAAUCGAAGAAACCAAACAAAUGAAGCUUUCCUCUCGAGCCCUUUCUGUCCAUUUUCAGCCAUGCAGUCUUGCAAGAAAGAAUGGUGUUCUCCCAAUGAAUGCGCCUACUCCGACUCCGCCACGUUUUCCCGCACCCAAACAUAUCCGGUUUGCUUCCUCCAGAACGCCGAAUCCAACCAGCCGUUCCUCGCAAGGAUUAGGGCCAUACAUGCAACAGCAGCAAAACACCUUCCUAGCAAUUGGGCCGUCAAAUAAUGCUUUUGUGGCGUCAAGAGCGAUCGGUGGAAUUUGUACGUGAGCUCCGACGCAUGCGAAAUCCAGACACACAAAAUCGUACCGGUAUCGACUGCUUACCCCACAGAUCUCCGGUUGGGUUGGAGAAGUCGUGUUGCCGUGAAAAUAACUUUGCCAUGAAAUAUAAAUCAAGGCAGCUUUCUCUUUGGAAAGAAGUGUUGUCUAUUCGAAGUCCCACUCUCGAAUACAGGGCUGCCCAAGCUUCAUUCCCAUCUCUGUGCAUAUCGCUUUUGCUGUCCCUUUGGAUAUCAAAUUUUUAUUUUUUGUUUUAUUCACCCCCAGUUAUUGAUUAUUGAAACUCAUUUGCCAGGCGACCCAAAAAUGUCAAAAAUAUGGGCGGAUACACCCAUGAGCCUGAUCUCGGAAACUGGAUAUAAGGAACGCUCCGAUAUCCCCCUCGGCCAUUUCGCCAUCACGGCUGCACAGAACAUGGCCCACCUGCAUAACGUGAUCAUCCGUGGCUUCAACUCUUCGUACAACCAAUGUCUCGCCGUAAAACCGGACACUGUCGACGCGAGCGAUUUCCUGAUUUACAACCGCGCUUUAUACAAGAACAUCAAAUCCCACCACGAUGUGGAGGAGGAGAUCUCGUUCCCAGGCCUCGCAAAGUUGACGGGAGUCGAAGACAUCAUGGACCAGAACAUUCAAGAGCACAAGGACUUUGAGGAUGGUCUCGAGAAGUUCCGCGAAUAUAUUUUCGAGACAGAUGCCAAGUCGUACGAUGGCAAGAGCUUACAGGAGGUUUUGGAUAAUUUGGUUCCGGCGCUUCAUAAGCAUCUGGUCGGGGAAAUCCCGACGCUCCUCGAUCUUGCGAAGUACGAUUCGAAAAAGUUGGAGGCGUGGUGGAGCCAAACUGGGAAGAACGCCACGAAGAAUAUGGAUGUAUUCCAAGAUGCACCCUUUAUGCUCGGCUGUAUGGAUUCCACGUUCAAGAUAGAUGGGGAAUCUCGACUUUUCCCCCCGGUCCCGCCGCCAAUCAAGUACUUAUCAAAAUACGUUCUACAAUGGCGAUAUUCGGGAGCAUGGCGCUUUAGUCCGUGCGAUGCUUUUGGGAACCCUAGGCCUCUGGCGGCUCCGAAUACUGAAGUUUCUAAGCAAUAGAUCAUUGGCUCGAUUGGACUUUAUAUCUUUCAC